AGGGAAUAAGUAUCGGAGGAGGGGGUGAAGGCGAGGGCGAUGAAAGGAGAGAAAAGAGGCAGAGGGUUGGAGGAGAAGGUGACAUAGGAAUGGGUGGCGAUGAUAUGGAUGUUGAGCGGGAGGAUUCAUCGAUGGUGUUGGUCGGUGGCGGUGGCGGUCCUGGAAACGUUGGUGGUGUAGGGAAUGGAGGGAAGAAGCUGUCCCGCGCUAGGAGCGAUUCUGCGCCUAUGGGGUGGGGAGAUGGGAGUGGUGGUAUGGGAGGAGGUGUGGGAGGAGGCUUGAGUGCCAAUUGGAUGAGCGGACGACCUAGGAGCGGAAGUGGGUAUGUUGGGGGGAGUAGCAGGCUUGGGCUUGGAGAGGGGCGGUAAACUCCUCUUCGUUGUUGUAUAGCUGUGUGUUCUUCUAUAUAUCUCCGAUCAUUGUUCCUAUUGCUGUUGUGGUUGUCGCUGUGUACAAGCCGCUCGUUAUCGGCAGGCCACCAGCACGUUAUUCGGCAGGCCCGUUCUAUCGUUUCCAUCCAUCCGAUCACUCUUUUGACUCGUUUUCGUGCUUGUAGAAUACUUUAUCUUCCUUUUUCUCUCUCUAUUCAUAUCCACGCCAAUCGAACGUGCUUGAAUCAAUCAUUCCUUAUUAUCUCAUGCUCCUCCCGUUAUCGAUAUCUCUGUUUCGAGUCGUCCUAUUUUCUUUGAUGUUUGACUAUAUAUCUAUCUUUCGUCCAAGCUAUCGAAGUUUGACGCUGUCUGGUAUUACCAUACCUAUUUCUGACCGGCCAACUAUUGCAUCCCCAUACAUGACGCGAAGUGCAUAUACAUUGUGCAUACGACAUCAAGGUGCUUCGUUGUUACCCCUUUCUUUUUUCCUUUUUUUAUAUAUAUUUCAAGUUGUAUAUAUCGACUUGAAGCUAUUUCUUGGUAUAUCUAAGUGAUGAAUUUUAUUCAUGCAUAAACCUC